AAGUGCGGCCCUGAAUGUAAACAAUUUCAAGUCUGCCUAGAUUCGGCACGAAUUUCUUAACUUUUGACUGAAAUGUAAUUUACAAAUUAUGUCGGAAGAACUAGAGGAUCAGAUAUUAGAAGAUUUAUACAGUUGGUUGGACCAGAUUCCUUUAUCAAGAGAAAAGAAGUCGGUGAGAAGGGAUUUUGCAGAUGGAGUUUUGGUAGCCGAGAUAAUUAAGUUUUACUUCCCCGAAAUGGUUGAUCUACAUAAUUAUCCACCAGCCAGUAUGAUACAGAGAAAAACUGACAAUUGGAAUCUCUUAAAUAAGAAGGUCUUCCGGAAGUUGGGAUUUGAACUACAACAGGACGUCAUAAGUAAAUUAGUUGCGGGUCGUCAAGGAGAACAUGCUGCGGAACAUUUCCUCCUCAUGCUACGGAGUAAGGUGGAAAGAAAAUUGUUUCAGAAAAAGAGACAAACCGAGAGUGAGGUCAUCGACAGAAAGUCAAAAUCGGAACGAGAUCAACAGGUUCCUCCACUAACGUAUCCUGCAGUACAGAAGUUAAGAGGAACUUUGGAAGCAGGAAGUGUAAUGGCUAACGAGCGGAAGUUAAACUAUAAAUUUUCAACUCCUCGGACAAAGCCUCCUAAUCAACAAGAUACGGUAUCGAAACUUGCUUUGGAAGAGGUGGAGCAAGAGUUGCUAACUCGCGACGAAACUAUUCAGGUCCUACAAGCUAAAGUUCGACGUUUAGAGCACUUAUUGCAUUUAAAAGACAUCCGAAUCGAAGAUUUACAAUCUAGGCUGCAGAUGGCAAACCAAGAGAAAAUAAGUAGGGCCCAGCAACUGUUCAGUCAGCAUAAGGUUACAACGAAACAUAGAUGA